AUGCCACAGCAGUGACCUGAGCCACUGCAGUGACACCAAAUCAUUAACCCGCCGCACCACAAGGGUACUUCAACAAAUCAGUAUUUUAAGGCCCCCAACACUUAAACAGUGCUCUUGGCUGAAUGUCAGCUCUGGGUCUCUCAGGAUCAGAGAGCUGGAGCUUCCUACAUGAAGAUGCACAGCCUGGACCCUCACUUUGAUCUUACCAAUUGGACCCUCUGGAGCAAGCAAUCACAGUCACCCCUCCCCUGCUCCCUCAGACAGCUGCUGCAAUUUGAAUAACCAAGCAGGCUGCUGAAUGUCCGGUGGUGACUGAUUUGCUUGGCAAACAGACCCUUAGGUCCUUGGCCCUGCUGGUACUGGGGGAAGAAAGACACUCAGCCCCACUGGGGUCUCUGUUUCCCCUCUCCCCACCCCCAAGAGCCAUCUAGGCUCCAGUCUUGCCCUUGCUUGACCUCCCGGGGGCCCCUCGCAUUUAUCUUCCCUAGAGGUUGGAGAAUGUCCCUGGGAUCCUGGCAGAGAAGUGGGGGGAAUGGCAGGGCCCAAGGUAGAGGUAACAGGAGCCAGCUAAGUCUGCUCCCUGGGCCUGUCACGGAAUUUGCAUGGAGAGAAUGAGGCUCCUCCGUGGUUCCCCCUCCCUUCCCCACCUGGGAUAGUCAUCCUGGGCCUGAGGUCUGACAGCAGGUGGAGGAAGCAGCCGUGUGUGGAGCCAUCUUGCUACUCCCAGAGGUGAUGCCCCGUGCCUUCCUGGUCAGGAGUCGACGUCCACAGCCACCCGACUGGGGCCACCUGCCUGACCAGCUCCGGGGAGACACCUAUGUCCCAGACCGCAGCAGCCUGGGAGGGCAACCGGCACACCAGUCUUCUGGCCUUGGGGACUCUUGGGCAGCGCCCUCUCAGGGCACUCUGACUGCCGCUCCUAGGGGCCCUGGGACACUUGGAUGCCCACUCUGCCCCAAGGCCUUCCCUUUGCAGCGAAUGCUGACCCGGCACCUCAAGUGCCACAGCCCUGCACGCCGCCACGUGUGCCGCUGUUGUGGCAAGGGCUUUCACGACGCCUUCGACCUCAAGCGCCACAUGAGGACUCACACUGGGAUCCGGCCAUUCCGCUGCGGAGCUUGCGGGAAAGCAUUUACCCAGCGCUGCUCCCUGGAAGCGCAUCUUGCCAAGGUGCACGGGCAGCCAGCCAGCUACGCUUACCGCGAGCGCCGUGAGAAGCUGCAUGUGUGCGAGGACUGCGGCUUCACCAGCUCGAGGCCCGAGGCCUAUGCGCAGCACCGUGCCCUGCAUCGCACGGCUUGAGGCUGCGCACCCCACAUCCAACCCACGAGAGGCAAAUAAACACAGGAAAUGCACGCACAGAACACAGCAUUUAUUACACGAGGGGAGGGUGGUUCACUCGGUCCAGCGGUGGCCGCAGUGUGGGGCCGUGCACACGUAGUACAAGCGCAUGGC